UAAUAUUAGUGCAGAACACUGUACCUUUAAUUUAAAUGCCCUUGGAGUCUGCUGGGGAAGAGAAAUAAUACUGUCACUCAGUAUGACAUGCAGAUGAGUGCCGUCGAUCUUAGAAUCACCGCACACUUCACUCAUUUGGCCAGUCACGGGGCCAAAACCAGUGUUUGGAGCCACAGUGUGGCGGUGGAGGCAGCAGCAAUGGGAGGCCAUACAGCAACCUAUGACAAAAUGGAAACCAGCAGGAGUGUGAGGAGACCUGAAAGUGGCACAUGGCAGAGUGUGGCGAUGAGACAGCAGCAAUGGGAGGCCGUACAGGGA